CUCUCUCUCUCUCCCCAGAGCCAUAGUCCUGUAAAUGACCAUCAAUUGCCAUUGUGAGCAGAUCGCAGCGACGCGGGGUAUGUCUGCACAGGAUGGCAGCCUCAACACUAAAGAUGCCCCAUGGCCGGAGUUUGAGAAGGCGGAGAAGUUGGCCCGAGGAGCGGCAUUAAAAUGGGCCUCAGGAAUGUUUUACCACCCAGAUCAGCUGGAGCGACUGAGCCAGUAUCGUAAGAGGGAAUCCCAGAGAACAUCCUCGAUUCAGACCAGAUUAAAGUCCGCUGUGCAUUCGUACUUGGAAGGGGUCGGGAUUGGGAUCAGGCAUUUAAGGGCUUCUCUCGAUGACAUUGGCAAUGUUUGCGAGACCCUGGUCGAGGUUCGUGAGGACUGGCAGAGUAAACUCAACAGCUUUCAGAGCCUGCGACAGCUGAGCAGCCUGGUUUCUGAGCAUGUCCAGCUGGCUACAGCAGUGCACAAUCUACAGCAAGUAUUGGCAGUACCCGAGGUGGUCAUGGAAACACAUCAGCUGAUCGAGCAGCGGAGGCUCCUGGAGGCCCACACAAAGCUGAUGGAGCUGGAGUGCUGGCGGGACAGCAUACUGUACCAGCUGAACCGCGCCGGCCAGCACAACAGCGAAGGCGAGCAGGUAGUCUUGUCUUACUUCAGCGGAGUUGGGCAGCUGAAUGAAGAACUUGCCAAAGAACUCUGGGACGUCAUAACCUGUGGGCUGACUCUGGUCAAGCAGGACCCUGCCCUGUUUGUCUCCGCCAUCCGUAUCAUUGAGCGGGAAGAGAGAAUCGACCAGAUUAUUCUCGAAGGUCAAAGCCAACACAAGUUUCUUCCUUUAGGGAGGCCUAAAAAUCUGAGGAGGAAAGUGUUCCAUGUUCUUGAGCGUUCGACGGCUGCACAAUUCCGAGCUCGGCAGACUGAUACCAAAGGACCUGGACUGGCUAAUCAUCUUGGGGCCCUGCAGAACAAUAUCCUCAAUGACUUGAAGAUAGUGAAGGACUUGAUGGUGCAGUGCUGUCCGCCGCACUACAAUAUUCUUCAAACCUAUGUGAUGCUUCACCACAAGUGCCUGUCAGGACACCUGCAGGAUAUAAUUUCCUGGGACCUGGAGAAAAACGAGAUUUACACUGUGCUGAACUGGAUCCUCCAUGUCUACCACAGCCCAGAAAUGAUGGCUCACCCUGAUCUGUGCCCUGAUGUUGACGUCAGUGCCCUGGUUCCUCUGAUCUCUCAAGAUGCACAGGAGCAACUUCAGAACAAAUAUGUCAACGCCCUGCGGGUCUCGGUGUCAGACUGGAUGCAGAAAGCGCUGGAUGCCGAGGUGAAUGACUGGUACAGAGAUGAGGAGCCUGAGUCUGAUCACGAGGGUUAUUUCCACUCCAGCCUGCCAGUGAUAGUCACACAGAUGCUGGAAGAAAAUGUCCAAGUGGCAGCAGAGAUCAGCCCUGCCCUGCGAGAUCAGGUAGUGAUUAUGGCUUUGCAGGAACUGGAGACCUUUCUGUACAGGUUCCGAGAAGCUGUGAUAGACUUCGGGAGGGAACACUCGACUGGCCGAUCUCAGUAUUACCUACUUUACCUGCUGGCUGCCGUAAACAACUGCAUCGUCCUCAGUGAGGCUUACAAUUACCCUAGGGAGGGCAAGGGCACAGAGGACCAAGCGCAAUGUUUCAGCAUUAAACUAAGAGGAAAAACAGACCCAGAAAGUCACAGGGUUGAGUCUGAUUUUCUGCGUCAGCUGAUCUCAGAGUCAGGGUCGCCAUCAGUCAGCGUUGAGGUGGAGAAAAUUCUGCCAAAGAUACCAAUCACACAGUCUGUGCACUGGCUACAAGAUCAUUAUGGUCAGGCCUGGGCCGGGGAGCGCGGUGGCAAGUUACCCCACGUUGAGACCACCCUAGACAAGGUGCUGAAGAAAGGCUGCCGGCUGCUGAUUGACAGGAUGCUGUCAGAACUACAGCCUCUCUUCCUGCAGCUCCUCGCCUGCCUGUGGAUGGGUGGCUCGGAUUUUAUUGAUGGUGUCUGUACAGUCUUGGAUACGUAUUACAAUUACUUCAGCCGGAUCAGGGAGCCCAUCUUCCAGUUCCUGCUGGUGGAGGGUCUGCGCCUGCUGAUCAUCGAGUAUGUGCAGACCCUGAUGCUCAAGAAGAUGGUGUGUAAGAAUCCUGAGGAGCGGGAGAAGGUGUCAGAAAGAAUGAGCCGGGAUUCAGUGCAACUGCGUGCAAUUUUCCAUAAGCUGGGUUUGGAUGAUUGUGAUCACCUGACCAGUGUGAUCUCCUCCGUCUCCGAGCUUCUCAGACUGACGGAUACCUCCCUCCUGGGCUUGGAGGUCUCGGGAUUGGUCACUAAAUACCCAGAUAUCAGUGAUGAACAUGUUUCAGUGCUGCUAGAUAUCAGGGGAGAUGUCUCCAAAGAUGUUCGUGGAACAGUACUGGAGAUGUUGGAACAGAACACGCAGUUGCCUCCUGAAGACUAUCAACCCAUCUUCACAGAUAUUGUGGUUCCAGCUCCAGCCUUGCCUUUCUGCCUCCCUGCUGUCAGAUGUGCCUAGGUGCUCGAACAAUCUCUUUGUUGGCCCUCUAAUGCUUGUUAGAACUGUAAUCCAGGGCAUCUCUGAGCGAAUGCCAGCUUUCACCCCCUAACCCCUCUCUGUUCUCCAUCAAAGCGGCAAAGAGAGACAGUGAGUGACAUCUUCCGAUAAUGGAGAUAAAGGGAGAGGGAAACUCAGACCGACGGUCACAGAGGUCUUGGUAACCACCUACCCUCUUACUGCAGAGUUAGACCACGUGAACUAGGAAAGGGGGAGAAUCAAUUCAAAAAGAGAUCCCAUGUUGGCCUUGUGGGUAAAGCCACUGCCACGCUUCAUAUACUGGAAAUGUACCAAAGUGCACUCCCUACAAAGCUACUUACAAAAUUCAGCCACUGUAAAAAUAAUAAUUGGCCUUGCAUUUGAUAUAGCACCUUAUCAGG